CCGGCCACGCACCGGCUCUCCGGGGUCACCGGCCCCGCCGCCCCCGCGCACCAUGGCAGGGCUCCUGCCGCUGCUGCCGCUGCUGCUGCUCCCCGUGGGUCCCACCUGGAGCUCCAAGGAUGAUUGCUCCACCAAGAUGUACACCACCAGUGGGGAGUGCUGCAAAGCCUGCAACCUGGGAGAGGGAAUGGUGCAGCCCUGUGGGGUCAACCAGACUGUCUGUGAGCCCUGCCUGGACAGUGUCACCUACUCGGACACGGUGAGCGCCACGGAGCCCUGCAAGCCCUGCACGCAGUGCGUGGGGCUGCGGAGCAUGUCGGCGCCCUGCGUGGAGUCGGACGACGCCGUCUGCCGCUGCGCCUACGGCUACUACCAGGACGAGCCCAGCGGCAGCUGCAAGGAGUGCAGCGUCUGCGAGGUGGGCUUCGGCCUCAUGUUCCCCUGCCAGGAGCUGCAGGACACUGUGUGCGAGGAGUGCCCCGAGGGUACCUUCUCCAGCGAAGCCAACUUCAUGGACCCCUGCCUGCCCUGCACCACCUGCGAGGAGAACGAGGUGCUGGUGAAGGAGUGCACCCCCGUGUCGGAUGCGGAGUGCAGAGACCUCCACCCUCGCUGGACAACCCACACAUCAUCUCUGGUGGGUUCUGACAGCUCUGAGCCCAUCACCAGGGACCCUUUCAACACUGAAGUGAUGCCCAGCACCCUGGCAGACACUGCCACCACCAUCAUGGGCAGCUCCCAGCCCGUCGUGAGCCGCGGCACCGCUGACAACCUCAUCCCUGUCUACUGCUCCAUCCUGGCAGCUGUGGUGGUAGGGCUGGUGGCCUACAUCGCUUUCAAAAGGUGGAACAGCUGCAAACAGAACAAGCAAGGAGCCAACAACCGCCCUGUGAACCAGACACCCUCCCCGGAGGGGGAGAAGCUGCACAGUGACAGUGGCAUCUCCGUGGACAGCCAGAGCCUGCACGACCAGCAGCCACCCACCCAGAGCACCCAAGGGCCAGCAGCCAAGGGGGACGGCAGCCUCUACGUGACGCUGCCAGCCAGCAAGCAGGAGGAGGUGGAGAAGCUGCUGAGCAGCUCUGCGGAGGAGACGUGGAGGAAGCUGGCAGGGGAGCUGGGCUACAAAGAGGACCUCAUAGACUCCUUCACCAGGGAGGAAUCCCCUGCCAGGGCCCUCCUGGCCGAUUGGUCCUCCAAGGACUCUGCCACCCUGGACGCGCUGCUGGCUGCGCUGCGCAAGAUCCAGCGCGGGGACAUCGCCGAGAGCCUGCACAGCGACUCCACUGCCACCUCUCCUGUCUGAAGGGUGGCCCGGGGCGGCCCCCUGGGGUCCCCUUCCCCCUUCCCCCCCUCCCCGGCACCCAGAGCCCCGGAGGGGAGGGUGGGAAGGAAGCGGGGGCUCCCCGGGCCCCCCCAGUUCACAGCGCUGUAUGCACUGAGCUCCUGCUUUCGGUAUCGUCCCCUCCCGGCGCUGCCUGCCCCCGGCAGCCCCUGAGCAGCUCGGGUGUGGGGCUCGGUCCCGCUCAGCACCCGGGCCCCAUCUCCUGCCCCUGGAGCGUCUUCUGCAGCCCUGUGGUGCCAGGCAGAUGGACACAGCGAUGAGCACCUGAGCCCUCAGCCCUCUUCUCUCCCCUUCCAGCCCUUUCCCCAUUCUCCCUGGGACUCUCGUUCUCCUCUUCCUCCUGCCCUUCCUCCUUGCUCCACCGCACCAUUGUGUCCUGCUGCUCUCCACCACCCUGAACCCAGCUGCUUCCCCUCGCCCCGGGCAGAGGGCAGGGCUGGGAUGGGCAUGGAGAGAACUGGAGCUUCUGUGUUGGGACUUUGGGGGGGGCUGGUCCUGCCCUGGCGUGUGGGCUGAGGGGCAGGGCUUGGCCUCAGUCUGCACCGUCAAACCUGGGGCUCCACCUGUGCCCCCCAGGGCUGCCAGUGUCUGCUCUUGCUGAGGAGCAGCCAGGACCGCUGGAACGCUGAGGACCAGGCGCCUGGGUGCCGCCGGCUGCAGGGUGGUGCUGGAGGUUUAAAGGGCUGGCAAAGUGCCUGCCUGCUGCGGGGGCACGACGAAAGGGCUCUGCUCGUCCUUCCCCGGGCACCAUCCCUGUGCUGCACUGACCCAGGAGCAAAGCCACCCUGCCGCGAUUGCACUGCCCCUCCCCACCCAGAGACCCCGCCGGGGCUGCUGGCCCUGCCCCUGCUUCUAAGGGCUCCUUCCCCUCCAGCACUGUGAAGGGUGGCUCAGAAAUGCCCCUGUGGGCUCUUUGCCUCCAUCGGGCACCCAGCAGCUGCAACCCACCCUUGGUGCAGCCUCCCUGGGUGGCCUCAGCGUGUCACUCUGCUGGGACUCUGCCACAGCCCCAGGGACAGGACAUCGCUCACCACCUCCGCAUCUCCAGAGCUGGAAGUGCAUCCCACAUGGCAUAUCAGCUCCCUGCCCAGCACCCAGCUCGCUCCUGGGUGAUGCUGGGGACCAGCUGCUGGGUGGGUGAGCCUCCU